ACCUUCUUCCCCCACCCAGAAACAAACUCGUCUUUCUUUUUAUAUAAUCGGAUAAAACUGAACCUCAAUAAACGCACGCACUAUCUCCGUCCGUCAUCAACAAUCUUUGAUCUCCAAUCGAAUACGGAAAUGCUGGUAAUUGAACCGGCAACCGCCUUCCGUAUCCCCACCGUCCGAUUUGCGCCCGAUUCCCGCCUCCUCUCCAACUCUCGCAGCUCACUCAUCCCCUGCAAUAAGAUUACGAGAAGGAACAAUUUGGGGAAGAACAGAAUUAGGGCUUCGGCAGCAGAGGAGCUGUCGGGUCCGGUGAAACAAGCGAAACCGCAACGAUAUCAUCCGUCUGAGGACAUUUCGGACUCUGAAGAAUCCGAUGAGAAUGGAGAUGCGAUACUUGGACCUGCUGAAACUAGCAGGACUGUUAUUGAGGUAAACAGCAAAGCGAUGCUUAUGUUUUCAGGUGCGGUAGGUGAUGGAGUCCAUGAGAAUAUCUUCUGGCCAGAUUUGCCUUACGCCACUGAUGAACAUGGAAAUAUAUAUUUCCAAGUGAAAAAUGACGAAGACAUUCUUCAAACUCUUACUUCUGAGGAUACCCUUGUGCAAGUCAUAAUAGGCUUAGACACGACUGAAAUGGUCAGUGAGAUGGAGCUGUUAGGCCAAGCAGAGUCGGAUUUUGAUAUGGAGGAAAUUGAGGAUGAAGACAGUGGGACGGAUGACGAGGAUAACGAUGAUGAUGGUGAUUAUGAUGACGAUGAAGACGACGAUGAGAGUGGCGGCUAUGAUAAUGAAUGGGUUUCACUUCUUGAAGAGGGGGAUGAUGACGAGGAUCCCGGUGAUUGGGCAAAGUUGGACACCAUGCGUUCUUCCCAUCCGAUGCAAUUUGCUAAACAGAUGGCACAGUUUGUAUCGGAUGAUCCGGUAGACUACAUGGACCAACCUCCUGCUGGUCUUGCUAUUCAAGGCGUUCUUAGACCUACAUUUCUCGAAGAAAAUUUUGUCAUAAACAAACAUAUGCUUGACAGUCAGUCUAAAGAUGAAGAAGCAGAUCAGAUACCUGAAAGCAAAGAAGAAGAUUUAGACGUCAUCAAUGGCCAUAGGUAUGAACCGGGACCAUCCCAAGAUGGUCCAAACUCAGAAGAGGAAUCGCAGAAAGAUCAAGUUUCAGGAAACGGGACUUCAUAUUAUAAGCUAGAGUUUGUAAAAAUUCAUUUGAUCUCAGCCCAUGGAAAUCAGACUUUUGUUGAAGUGGAAGAUUUUAAGAGGGCUAAACCUGAUGCUAUUGCACAUUCGGCUCCUAAAAUCAUAUCCCGCCUUAAAUCUGGUGGAGAGAAGACAACACUAGCCCUUAAAUCACUAUGUUGGAGAUGCAAGGGACUUCAAGUGGAGGAGGUAGCUGUUAUUGGUGUGGAUAGCCUGGGAUUUGAUGUAAGAGUGUGCUCUGGAAGACAAGUUCAAACAUUGCGGUUUGCAUUUAAAAAGCGGGCCUCUUCCGAGUACAGUGCGGAGAGACAGUUGAAUAACUUAUUAUUUCCAAGAGUUCCAGGCAAGCAACAAAAGCAGAAAGAAGCCCAUCAAACUGAACUCUAAAAGACAAGAACCCAAAUUUAUGGGUAAACCUUUGUGGUCAUCAUGUACAUAGCAUGCCAUUUUUUCUGCUCAGUUUUAUCAUUCUUUAUAAUCUAUAAGAUUGUAAGUUAACAACUUAACAAUCAUAUGCUUCAUACUCAUUCAUCAUCCUUUCACACCCCUUGUGUUCCCCUCGAAUCAUCCAAAUUUAUAGUUCAUGACA